AUGUCGUCGUACCUCGACAGGCAGGCCAACGCCUUCAAGGGGACCCUCUCGGCUGCCGCAGCAAAGAUCUCCAACCCGUCCAGCAACAAAGCCUCGUCCCUCGCGCCGCCGUCGCUGACUCCUCUGUCGCCUUCUCCCUCGGCCGCUUCCGACCCAAACACUCCCAGCUCCAAGCGAAAACGAGAUGCCGCGCCCGAGGUGCCCUACUCGCAGCCUCAGCUCACGGGCUACGGCGCAGAGGUCAAGACGCAGAUGACGUUUGCCGUCGAGUACCUGAAGAAGAAGGGCGACACAAAGACCAUCACCGAGAUUAUUGAUCAUCUCAGUCUCCGCGGCUACGAUGAGGAGCACAAGCGCGAGCUGGCCGAGGGCCUGCGCGGCCACCCCCGUGUCGACUGGAAGCCCGAUGCCAGCCUCAGCGAGCAGACCUGGAAAACUGGCACCUAUGCGCACCGACCCAUCAUCCCCAACGUCAAGGACGCAACCUCGCUGCUUGGCCACCUCCAGGCCAAGACGGACGCAUCAGGCGUGUCUGUCAAGGACCUCAAGGAUGGCUGGCCCGACUGUGAGGAUACACUCGCGAAGCUAGAGCAGGAGCACCGGAUCCUAGUGGUGCGCACGAAAAAGGACAACCUCCCGCGUUACGUGUGGCCCAACGACGCUUCGCUGCACCAUUCAGUCCAGCCCGAGUUCCAGGCCAUGUGGCACCGUGUGCCCCUGCCCAGCAUCGACGACAUGCACCGCAAGCUCGUCAGCGUCGGACAGAAGCCUACGAGCGAGGACCCACACAAGGCGGCGCAGGGACAGGCGUCAAAGCCCAAGCAGCAGAAGCGCCGCGCGGGCAAGCGCAUCGGCAAGGCGACCAACGUGCACAUGGCGCAUCUCAUGCAAGAUUACAGUGGCAUGAGGAGGUAG